AUGUCUGGACCACCAACGUCAGAAUAUGCUGGAUAUGUAGAUCCAAACUUCCCAAGUCCUGGUGGUCCAGAUGAUGCAUCGGUCAUAAUUUAUGGCUACCGACCUUCCCUCGCUCUUGGUAUCCUCGGCGCCGUCCUAUUCGGUCUGGCCUUCUUCGGCCACUCCUAUCGUCUCUUCCAGUACCGAACAUGGUAUUUCACUCCCGUCAUGCUCGGCACAGCUAUGGAGGUGGUGGGCUAUGCCUUCCGUCUUCUGUCUUCCCAGGUCAAUCCGUACUCCGUCAUAAACUUCGUUGUACAAUACUUCUUCAUCGUUAUCGCGCCCGUCUUCUUCUCGGCUGCCAUCUACACCGUUCUCACAGUUUUCAUCAACCGAACAAAGCGCGAGUACGCACCGCUAUCUCCGAAAUUGAUUCUUUGGAUCUUCAUUUCCUGUGAUGUUGUGGCCACGAUCACCCAGGUAGCUGGUGCCGCGUUGAUCGGGGUUGCAGCGUCGAAUGGCAAAGACCCGACCACACCAAACAAUAUCCUCCUGGCGGGGCUCGCCUUCCAAGUAUUUUCAUUCCUCGUCUUCUGCGUCUGUCUAGGUAUUUGUCUGUAUCGUGCUCGCAAGAUUGUUCUGUCGUCUUUGAAAGCCUUCACCGCAGCAUUAUGCGCCGCUACUCUGCUCGUCUACCUCAGGACAUGCUUCAGGCUCGCUGAGACAGCAGAGGGCCUAACCAGCGCUCUGGCCACCCAUGAGGCCUAUUUUGGAAGUCUGGAGUUCGCGCCAAUUGUCAUCGCCGUAUUCAUCCUUGCAAUCUGGCAUCCGGGAAAGUGGCUGCCACGCCAUCAAGACUGGAACGAGAACAUAUGA